UAUAAAUUAAACAUGGAGAAUCAAACCACAGUGCCUUACUUUCUGCUGCUGGAAUUUUCAAAAAAUCAGCAUCUGCAGCUUUUGCAUUUCUUCAUCUUCUUUGUGUUAUAUAUGGCAACUGUAACAACAAAUCUUCUCAUUAUCUCUGCAGUAGCUUUUGACCAUCGCCUGCACAGCCCCAUGUACUUCUUUCUCAUGAAUUUGGCUGUGCAGGACAUAGGUGCUGUUUCAGUAAUUGUGCCCAAAUCCAUGAUAAAUUCUCUCAUGGACACCAGAUGCAUCUCUUAUUUUGGUUGUGCUGCUCAAAUCUUUCUCUUUCUCUUCUUUGUAGCUUCUGAUUUCUCCCUCCUGACAGUCAUGGCAUAUGAUCGAUAUGUUGCCAUUUGCCGCCCACUGCACUAUGAGAUGGUAAUGGAUUGGAAAUACUGUACUAAAAUAAUAAUUCUAGUGUGGGUUACAUGUCUCUUCUAUGGAAUGUUGCAUACCAUUGGCACUUUUUCCAUCCGUUUUUGUUCUAAUGUUGUUAAUCAAUUCUUCUGUGAAAUUCCACAAGUGCUAAAACUAUCCUGCUCUGGUAUAAAUCUAUUUGAGGUUGCAGUUCUUAUGGCUAGUGUCAUUGUCGUACUAGGUUGUUUUACUUUUAUAGUUCUAUCUUAUACCAUGAUCUUCAAGACAGUGUUAAGAAUCCCUUCUGAACAAGGAAGGCAAAAGGCCUUAUCAACUUGUAUCCCUCAUAUUACAGUAGUGUCUGUGUUUUUAUUAACUGGAUUCCUUGCCUAUAUGAGGCGUCCCUCUGACAUGCCAUCGUACUUAGAUUUUGGGUUGACUGUUCUGUAUUCCCUUCUUCCACCUCUGUUCAAUCCAAUUAUCUAUAGCAUGAGAAAUAAGAAUAUCAAAUUUGUCCUUUCUCAUAUGUGGAGAUUCUGA